CCCCCUUUUUUGAUGACAGAACAGUACCACAUUUAAUCUGCAAUAAAUUCACUAAUCUUUUUCCGUCAUACAUAUCAAACUUAUAGAAAGCAUGCAUAUCAUUACGGUUAUUGUGGAAAUGUUUUCUUUUCUCUGUCUGAUCCAGAUAAUAUCUUUAUGUGAUGGUGUUGGUCAGACAGAGAUGCACCAGAGACAGUCAGAGUUGUGGGCCAAUAAUUUUACAGCAAGCAUUGUGAACUCUAACAUGCACAGAAAAGCUAAGUAUGGCUUAAUCCACACUGUACGAAAUGUUUCACAAAUCAGGAAGAAAGGUGUACCCAGCAGUUUACAUUACAGACAAACAAUUAGAAGAUUUUGUCAAACAAAAACAGCAUUAUCGCAUAGGUUGUGCAAACACUUAUUUGGGGCAAAAGCUCAGGACCAUAGGUCUCCUUAUUUUUACAAUAAAAGAACAUACAAAAAGAGAAGGAUUCUUUCUGUUACAAAGCUAAAAGAGGUUAAUACAGACCCCAAACAAGCCAAUGUUAGUGACCCACGUGCCAACAGUACCCACUUGCUGCUAACUGACACAAUUGAGUACAAAAAAUUCAUGGAAGCUGUUAGAAAAAAGUUCUCCCAAGACCCCCAGCGUGCUCUGCUAAGCAUCUCUUUCCUGCUCAUUGUAUUUCUCGCUGCAAUGCGGGUUUGUGGCUUGCGACCCAUCAGACAUCCUAGGACAGGCCCUGCAGACUUUGAAGAAGACAUUCAUUAUCUUGGAAUUUAUGAAAUACUUCAGAUGAAAAAACCUUACUUACCGAAAAAAAUAUUGAAUUGGAACAGAAAAAUAUAUCGGAAACUUCGAAAGAAAAAGGCCAAGAAGAAACAGGAUGACUUUAGUGUUCCUCUACUUGGAUAUGAUUCAGAAAACGAGAGAUCAAGUGCUAGAGUAUAUGACUUCUGACUAUGUGGGAAUCUGAAGAGUAUCAUAUGCUACUUGUUUAUAAGUGGUAUCAUGGUUAUUGAAAUUUGGCCAGUUUUGUUAAUUAAGCCAGCCAAGUCUUGUAUCGUGUUGAAAUGAAAAUACUUGUAAUUCUUUAAAAUUGAAAGCAAACUAUUAAUAAGGUUAAUUUCUGUACUAUGAAAUUCAUCUGUUAACUGUUAACCUUGUUUUAAAUAAGAUUUUGUUAUUUUUAUGUUAAAAAGCCAAAACUGCUGUUCAUAUCAAAAUGAUAGGCUUGUGCCAUUAAUAUUUUGAUUGGUUAACCAUAUAUAUAUUUUGUUGAGGUUUAGGAGUGCAAUAUUUAUUUUUUACAAUUAUGUGCAGGAGUGCAAAAUACUGCCAAGUGUGCAACUGCAGAGUGUUUAAAUACUGCAGUGUGUAAUUGCAAAGUGUUGAAAUACUGCAGAGAGUGCAACAUCAGAAUGUAUGAAUACUGCAGUUUUCAAAUUAUGCAGUUUUUAUUUUUUUGUAAAAUUUUGUUAAAAUAGUGCAGUGUGCAAACACUGCCGAUUGUGCAACUGCAUAGUGUGCAAAUACUUGUAGGGCAGGAAAUGAUUCAUUUCUUUUUAAUCUUUUUGAAAUUAAAUCUUAUUUUGCUAGUAUUUUAUAGCAGAAAUAAUUGCUGGUCAUAUUUUAUGGAGUUGAUGCCUUUUUUAAUGUUGCUUGGCUUUAUUCAUAGGCAAUCCAACUGUUACACAUAUGAAAAUGUACUUCGAUAACUUGACAUAAAAUGAUAUUGUUUUAUGCAACACAUGUUUAAAACACAUGUUCUUAGUACUUUAAAACAAACAGCGAAACUUGAGUUUGGAUCUCAAAUACAUAUAUGUAGAUAAAAGUGCAGCUUUAAGAAAUUACUUUCUUAAUUGUGCUUACGUUUUUUUUAUAUAAAAUGUACAUAUUUGUCAGUCAUGACUAUCCAUAGAAUCAUACUUGCAUGAGACAAUGCAAAAUUUAUUUAAAUGUUUACUCUCAAGUUCCAGAUCUACUUAUCCGGUAGGAACGAAACAAAGCUUAUUAUUUUUAUUACAACGAAUGCCCUCCUACCUGUAUACGAUAUAUUCUUGACUACGGUCUUUGUUUUUAUACGCCCAUCUUACGAUGGCCGUAUUAUGGGAACACCCAUGGCGGGCGGGCGGCUCCACAAUGUUGUCCGCUCUCUAACUUGAACAUUUCUCAUCCAAUUUCCACCAAACUUCAUGAAAGUGUUUGUUGGUGAAAUAUCUAGGUCAAGUUCGAUAACCAGCCAAAUCGCUUUAGGCACUCCAGAGUUAUGGCCCCCUGAAUUUGUCAAAAUUGGCCAUUUUAGCUUUGUCCGCUCUCUAACUUGAUCAUUUCUCAUCCAAUUUCCACCAAACGUCAUGAAAGUGUUUGUUGGUGAAAUAUCUCGGUCAAGUUCAAUAACCAGCCAAAUCGCUUUAGGCACUCCAGAGUUAUGGCCCCCUGAAUUAGUCAAAAUUGUCCAUUUUAGCUUUGUCCGCUCUCUAACUUGAACAUUUCUCAUCCAAUUUUCACCAAACUUCAUGAAAGUGUUUGUUGGUGAAAUAUCUAGGUCAAGUUCGAUAACCAGCCUAAUCGCUUUAGGCACUCCAGAGUUAUGGCCCCCUGAAUUUAUCAAAAUUGGCCAUUUUAGCUUUGUCUACUCUCAAACUUGAACAGUUUUUAUCCGAAUUUCACCAAACUUGCUACUAUAAAUGUUUGUUGGUAUAUAUUCUUGGCAAAGUUCUAUAACCAGCCAGGCUCUUCAGGAUUAUGGCCCUUGAAUUGGUCAAAAUUUGCCAUUUUUUAUUAUUAAGCUCUUGACACUCACAUUUCUUCACUUAAUUUAGAUUUUGGUUAAAAAAAAACUUCAUUCCUGAAACUGAAUAUAGACUCGUUGUGGCAUUGCUGACUCAAACAUACCCUUAUGAGCCAUGACCAAUAUUAUACAGUAUUUUAAAACAAUUUAUAUAUCAGCUUCAUCUAUCUGAACACCAUGACAGACAAAUUUAUUGAUAUUUAUCCAUUUAUCCGUCAAAGGUUGCAAACUACACAGUGGCAUAUAUGUACCUAAACUCUCUAGAAAGCCUGUCAUUAUCAAUGGCUGUAUUUCAUAUCAUGAGCUCAUAUCAUUAUAGUACCGGGAUGCAGUAUUUAUUUUAUUAUAGAGUCAAACCCUGUUCGCUUGAACUUACUUGGUUCCGAUUCCUCGUUAGCUCCAACUGGAUGUAAAGGAGCGAUUUCUUUAUACUGAAUGUAAGCAUUCCUGCUUGGCUCGAAUUUUCUGAGGCUUGAGGUAUUUUUGCCGGUCCCUGGGAGUUUGAGCCAAUGGGGUUUGACUGUAUAUUAGUUUGUUUUUCAUAUCUGUAAUUUUGAACAGUAGCAACUUAUCUUAGAUUGACGGUAAAGGAAUAAAUCUAAUACUUAGUUGUGGCAUUUCUGUGUAGUGUUUAGAUUGUUAUUGAACUUGUAAAAUAUAGCUAUUGGCAUACUUAAUUUUGUAUUGGAAUGGGUAGGGAAUAUAAGUGUUGAUUUUUUAAAAAAGAGCUUAAAAUGUUUGCUUUUAUCCAAUUAUGAUAUAGAUCUAUUAUCUUUCUGGGACUUUUGAUUUCUUAAGACAGUUUACCUUAAACUUGUUAAGAUGCAAAUUGCUGUAAUAAAUUCAAGUGAGGAUGGAUUGCCCCUUAAGCACAUUUGUUCUCACCAAGGCAACCCAAGAUCUUUUUGCAGACACAGCAUGUGUGAGUGUGGGUUAUGGUCACCAGACCAAACAAGUGGGUUUUACCUGGGCACUCCAGUUUCCUCCAAAACCCAAGACCACUCCAGCUAAACAUCAUGCCAACGAGAGUGACGUAGCCUACGUUAAUAUAUUUAUUUUUUUCACUAUCAUUUGAAAAGAAAUAAACUAGUUUUGACUAAGAUUGUCGAUGGUUUUUAAAUGAAUUAUUGUUUGUGUUUGAGUCAUGCAUAUAGUAUUAGUCAUUUACAACAUCUCAUUUGGUAUCAUUGUUUUGGAAUGUUAAUUUUUUCAAACUUUUAUUGUAUUUUUUUCAAACUUUUAUUGUUACUACUUCUUUGUUAUUUAGAAUUUACGAUUUACAGCAUUUAGACAAUGAAAUAAAUA